AUGACUGCAACUAGUGAUUUUGUCGAAAUCGUUAAGAGAAGUGGUAAUAGAGCGGUUCACGUGAAUCCUCCACAUGGGUUGGAUAUCCAUUUAACUGAACAUGGUUCAGAUUGGUUAUGGUCUGUCUACUCAGUCUUUGGUGUAUUGUCUAUCAUGUAUGCUGUUUUCUUCUUCUAUCAAGAAUAUAGAAAUGGUUCACAAUUGAUCAAAUAUACAAUGGCUGGUCCAUUUUUGAUUUCUAUUUUCGAAUUUUUCCAAUACUACACAUAUGCUUCCAAUUUGGGUUGGACAAACAUUCAAGCUGAAUUUAGAGGUGAAGAUGUAUCGCAUCCCGUUACCGACCUAUACCCUAACGUUAGACAAAUCUUUUAUGCUAAAUAUGUCGCUUGGUUCUUAUGCUGGCCUAUCCAAUUAUUUUUAAUGGAAUUAGCUGGUAUUACUAUCAACCAUUCUGGUGAAGUUUUCUCCACUUGGGAAUUGAUCCAUUCAUUAAUUGUUCAAAUUAUCGGGUAUGAAUACUGGGUCAUCUCUUUGCUAGUUGGUGCCUUGAUCCAUUCUACUUAUAAAUGGGGUUACUGGGUCAUGGGUGUUUUCGUUUCGUUAUUUAUUUUGGGUAUUCAAAUUAAAAGACAAGUGUUCGAUUUGAAAGUAAGAGGUGUUUCCUUGGUGGUUUAUUUACUCUCCAUCAUCUGUACUUUAUUGUAUAACGUCUGUUGGGGUUUAGCCGAUGGUGGUAAUUCCAUCACUCCAGAUGGUGAAGCUGUUUUCUACGGUAUUUUAGAUUACUGUAUCUUUGCCAUUUGGACAGGGUACUUGUGCUUUAUCAUCUGUAGAUAUGGUGAAUGGCCAGAGGUGGAAAACUACAGAAACCAACCAGUUGCAGCUCACAUCCCAGAAAAGAACAUUUCUGUAUCUCCAAGAGCAUCUGGUGAAACAGCUUAUAGUGAUGCCCCUACCGAUGCUGUCAACACAGAAGAAGAACAAGAAGAGGAAGAGGAUGUUUCUGACAGAGUCUGA